GUCCUUGAGAAACAUAUCAUUCAAAGGGUAAUUUCUUUCUUUUCUUUUUUUUUUCGGCUCACUUGCUUUUUGCAUUCUCUUAAAAUCACUCUCUUUUCUCUCUUAUUCUUCAUCACUUUUAUUCCAAUGGCCUCUCUUCUUCUAUCUGAAAGCUACACAUGCAAUAUCAACGGUGAUGAUCACGGCUUGGAAGGAUUCAAAGUCUCCGAAAUCAACGGUGCCUUUCUAAUGUCCUUCCUAGAAGAGUUACAAGACGAGGAGCGUGACGAUGAAAGAUUAAACAGUGUGAUCCAAUCUCUAGAGGCAGAGAUCAAUUCCUCCAGCAAUAGUACCACUGGUACUACGAUGGACGGUCAUGAUUCAAACAUGGAGAGCAGCGACCGAGAUUUCUCGGUGUCCAUUGAUGAUCUUGAGAUUACUGGAAGGGUUGAUUUGGAUGCAGUGCCUUGCUCACCAAGCGAGGACAUGAAUUGGUACAUGGAGCCCUAUGGAGAUGAGAUGCAUAGCAUAAUGAAUGGAUAUGGAGGAGUACUAGUGAAUGAUUAUUCUCAUGAUGUUUACAACUAUGGAGUUGCCCUAGAUUUAGAAGAGCAAGGGUAUAGCUCCUUGUGGCAAGAAACCACUUAUAUGAUUCAGUGAUGUAUGAGUCAUCGCCCCAAUGUUCAUUUUAAAUAUUAACCCCCCCCAAAAAAAAAAAAAAAAAAACUUACAAUAUAAUGGAAAAAUGCACCUUAAUUUCUCAUUUUAUAUAAAUAUUUCAAUUACAUAUUUACUUAAGUCU